AUGGACUCAUCGAUUUGGGAUUUGAAGGGAACCCCUGGACAUGGAGUAAUCAUUGGACUCAACAAGGGGAAAUCAAGCAAAGACUUGAUCGAGCUUUUGGGAGCUGUGACUGGAGCCAAGAGUUUGAUAGAGCACGUGAGGUGGCUGAAAAAUGAGGGACUCGAACAGGUGGUUAAACAGGCUUGGGAAGAGGGUCAGCUAGGAUCUAGAAUGUAUCAAGUACAUAGGAAAAUUGCGAGGUGUCGAGUGGCAAUCCUCAAGUGGAGAAAUAACUUCCAAAAAAAUGCUAGGAAGAGCAUUGAAACAUGUAAGAAACAGCUGGAGGAUCUCAGAAAUAGUGACUGUCAAGACAAAAAAGGGAGAAAACAGAUGCUGAAAAGGAAAUUGAAGGAGGCUUAUGAUGAGGAAGAGACUUUCUGGAGCCAGAAGGCUAGAGUUCAAUGGCUCAAGGAGGGAGAUAGAAAUACACAUUUCUUUCACUCAAGUGUUAAAGGAAGACGCAAGAGAAAUAGGAUAACAAGAUUACAAAGAAAGGAUAAAUCUUGGGCAAAAACUGAAGAGGAGAUAGGAGAGGAAGUUUUGAAGCAUUAUCAAGAUCUCUUCGGCAGUAAGGGGGCUGGGCAAAUAGAUAAGGUCCUAAAAGGAAUAUCAUUGACCAUCACUAACCAAAUGAACGUAGGACUUAUUGCACCUGUUAGGGAGAGAGAAAUUAAACAAGCCUUAUUCUCUAUGAACCCAACAAAAUCCCCUGGUCCGGAUGGCAUGACUCCAAUUUUCUUUCAGAAAUUUUGGCAGUUCCUCAAAACAGACAUCAUUCAAGCUAUCAAAAGCUUCUUUCAUUCUAGCCAUAUGCUAAAGGCAGUCAAUCAUACACUCAUUUCCCUGAUUCCUAAGGUAGAAAAUCCCACUGAGAUCAAGCAGUUCAGGCCUAUAAGUCUUUGCAAUGUUUUGUACAAAAUCAUUUCCAAAAUUCUUGCUAAUAGAUUGAAAAAAGUGCUGGACAAAUGCAUCAGUAAAAACCAGGCAGCCUUUGUGCCUGGAAGACAAAUUUUGGACAACAUUAUUGUUUCUCACGAGUACUUGCACUACCUUAAAAACAAAAGGCAAGGGUCUCAAGGAUUUAUGGCUUUAAAGUUAGACAUGUCUAAGGCCUAUGACAGGGUGGAGUGGAGCUAUUUGAAGGCUGUGAUGAACAAAAUGGGUUUCAGUGAGAUUUGGAUUAGUUGGAUAAUGGAGUGCAUCACUACAACUACUUUUUCUUUCAAUAUAAAUGGGGAGUCUAAAGGUUACUUAACACCUUCAAGGGGAAUUAGGCAAGGUGAUCCGCUGUCACCUUACCUUUUCUUAUUAGUAUCCGAAGGCUUCUCCAAUUUGUUGACUCAAGCGGAGAACAAUCACAAGCUAUCAGGAUUGAAGAUAAGUAGAGCUGGACCAUCAAUUAGUCACCUUUUUUUCGCAGACGAUUCUCUCAUUUUUUGCAAAGCUGACAAGGAUCAAGCUGAAGAAGUGAUGAGGAUAUUGGCAAUGUAUGAACAAGGCUCAGGACAAUUGAUAAAUAUGGAAAAAUCAUCGGUCUUUUUUAGCAAGAAUGUGGAACCUGAGGAACAAAAGGAAAUAUGCAGUAGACUAGGACAUAUCCAGGUGGUACAUCAAGGGAAGUAUUUGGGGCUGCCUAUGGUCAUUACCAAAACAAAGUACCAGAUCUUUGGUUUUAUCAGAGAUAAAUGUCAGAAAACGGUUGCUAGUUGGUGCAAUAAGCAGCUCUCCCAAGCAGGCAAAGAGGUUUUAAUGAAAGCUAUAACUAUGGCAAUGCCAACCUAUGCCAUGUCAUGUUUUAAGUUUCCAGUCAAGCUAUGUAAAGACAUUCAAGCGCUUAUGGCAAGGUUCUGGUGGGGAGAGGAAAAUGACAAAAGGAAAGUGCAUUGGUGUUCAUGGCAAAAGCUGGCAAAAGGAAAUCAUAAUGAUGGCUUAGGCUUUAAAGACUUACAAGGCUUUAAUAAAGCAUUGUUGGGUAAACAAAUCUGGAGGCUUCUCACCUGUUCAAACCUGCUGAUAAGUAAGGUGAUGAAAGCCAAGUAUUACCAACAUGAGUCACCCCUAAGCUGCGGAGCCAAAGCCAACUCCUCUUGGAUAUGGAAAAGCAUGAUGAGCGCAAGAGAGGAGGUAAGAAGAGGAGCAAGGAGGAAGAUAGGGAAUGGCAAAGACACUAGAAUUUGGGAGGAUGCUUGGAUCCAGGAUGGCAAAGAAGGUAAAGUGGUGUCCACAAAGCCCCCAACUAGUACGAUGAGUAAAGUGAGUGACCUGAUUUGUAACUUCAGAUGGAAUGCACCUCUUGUGUUUAGAACUUUCAAUCCGAGAGAAGCCAGACAGAUUCUCAAAAUUCCUAUUAGUCUUACUAGCAGACCAGACUCCUACUUUUGGAGCCAUAGUGAGAAUGGACAGUACACAGUGAGUUCAGCAUAUGACGCAAUAACAAGAAGGAAAAAUUGGUUGGAAGGCAACGGCAGAGAUAAAGGAGAGACAAGCUGGGAAGGAGGGAGCCGAAAAGCUUGGAAACAGCUCUGGAAGAUGAAGAUCAAACACAAACAAAAGCUGUUUGUAUGGAAAAUUCUGAACCGAGCCUUGCCAUGUAGGGAGGUAGUACAUAAACGAACGGGCAAAGGUGAUUUAAUCUGCAAGCGGUGUGGGGAAAAUACUGAAACUGUGGAACAUAUUUUCUUUCAGUGCAAACAAGCGCAAAUGAUAUGGCGGAUGGCGCCCUCCCAGUGGGAUGGACUUAAAGAGCACACAGCUGACUUCAGCAGAUGGUGGAGUAUGUUAAUGAAAGUGCAGGUGCGAAAGGAGGGAAGGGAGCACAUAAACUUAACAGUGGAAAUACUUUGGCAGAUCUGGAAAGUUAGAAAUGAAGCUGAAUUUGAAGGGAAGGAUAGACAUCCUAUGCAAGUCAUUAGGAAAGCCAUGAAGGAUUGGGAGGAGUAUCAACAAUCACAACAGAAACAACAUCAGUUGAGCAUUCUCGAAACAGAAACAACACAAGAUGAGGAGGAAUGGAUGGGGGAUGAGGAGUGCUUGCUGAACAUCAGUGUUGAGGUGGGUCAACAUGUUGAGGGCCAAAAUAUGGGAAUUGGGGUGACAGCAGAAAACAAUCUGAGCCAAAGACGUGAUGCUUGGAUACUGAGCGAGAGAAGCACUGGUUCAGCAGUUUUGGACAAUCUCUUGGCUAUAAAACUGACACUUCAGAAGCUCAAGGACAAAGGUUGGCAGCAUGUCAAUAUUCGAACUCCAUGCAGUCAGGUUAAAGCGCCAAAUCCUAGAACUCCCAGUGUUAUUUCUAUGUCUGGCGAAACGCACAGCGCGGUAAUCGUGGUGGCCGUGCUAAUCAUAGCAGCCACUUAUCAAGCUAUUUUAAGCCCACCAAGAGGAUUAAUUUCUGGAAUUACUGAUAUAAGCAGUGGUCCAACUUCAAACCGCACUGAUGUAGGGCGCCUAUUUGCACCAGUACCAUUAUUCCCGAGCCCAGACGUGGCUUUUCGGUUUCUUAAUCUUUUAACGUUUAACUCAGUGCCAUUUUUGUCGUCGCUUUUCACCAUUUAUUUUCUAUUUCAAGCAAAUGACCUGUUGAAUGGUAUUCUGAAUUUGUCAUUACUACAUUUUAGUGUAUGCUAUACAAUUUCAGCUCUUAUCGUAACACCAUCUGCGGCAGCAGGACUCAUUGGUGCCAUAACAUUUGGUGCAAUUCUCGACUUGGUGGAUAUGGCAAUUCUUGCCACGGAAAGUUACGCAUUAUGCAAUUCUAAACGAGAUCGAAAGUACCGCUCCAAAGGGAAACCAGUAAGAAGGGGGGAUAGAGGUAAGAGUGGGAGAGAAGACAUGUCCGUACAAGCAGAGAGACAGCAAAAUCAGAAACAGCAGCUGUGGGGCACCUGA